GUCUCGCAAUCUCUCCCCUCUUUAAUUUGAUAGUUUCAUCUCUCAAGUCUCAAUACACAUCGCACACAUUGUGCAAUGCAAUGUUGCCGGCGUAGGUUACUAACAUGAGCGGGGGGUGCACAGCAUCAAUCACUCACUCCAUAUGAAUACCACCACUUGUGCAGACCCAACUGCGCCCCCACCUCCGCAACCGCCGCGGUCAUCCUUCAGCUGCGAUCGCCACCCCAUCGAGCAAUUCACCGGAUUCUGCCCCUCCUGCCUCUGCGAGCGCCUCACCACCCUCGACAUUUCCUCCUCCAACACCCCUUCCUCCUCUCGCCGCCCCUCUUCCGUCGCCGCCGCCGCAAUCAAAUCCCUCUUCUCAUCCACUUCCAAACCCAAACCCUUGAAAUCCACCACCUUCAUCCCCGAACUCCGCCGCUCUAAAUCCUUCUCCGCAUCCAAGAAUGAAGCUUUAGGGCAGCUAUCCUUCGAGCCCCAGAGGAAAUCCUGCGACGUUAGAGCUAGAAGCUCUCUUUGCACGCUCUUCUCGCUUGACGAACCCACUAAAACUGGCAUUACUCACAACAAUCCAACCUCUGCUUCCACCCUUCCUUCUUUUUCAUCCAAUCCAACCCAUCAAAUCAGCAAAAAAAUCGAAUCUUGCGUAGUCGGAGAAGUCCAAAAUGGGGAAAGUUUUAGAGAUUCUCAAAUUGUAGAGGAGGGAACAAGUAUUGCAUUCGUGGACGACGAAGGAGAUGAAAUUAGGCCUGUUCAAGAUUCCCAUUUGGAGGGUUUGAGAAAAUCCGUGGAGUUAAGCUUAACUAGCGGCGAAAUCGUGGAGGAAGUGUUUAGUUUGAGUACCAUGAAGGAUCACAUAGAUCUCAAUUCUCAGGAAAAGAAGAGCUCAGGAGGGAAAAUCUGGGCUGCUGCAUCUGUUUUCAGCAAGAAAUGGAAUAACUGGAGAAGGAAACACAAGGUGAAAAAACAGAGCAAUGGCGAAAACCUUGCUACAUUGCCUGUCGAAAAGCCGAUUUCGAGGCAGUUUAGGGAGACUCAGUCUGAGAUUGCUGAUUAUGGAUUUGGGAGGAGAUCUUGCGACAUCGAUCCUAGGUUUUCUCUUGAUGCCGGGAGGAUGAGCUUUGACGAUGCACGAUACUCGUUUGAGGAGCCUCGUGCAUCUUGGGAUGGCCAUCUCAUUGGGAGGAGUUUCCCGAGAAUGGCGCCUAUGGUCUCUGUAAUGGAGGAUACACGCCCUGAUAUGCAGAUUCCGGUGGAGGAGCUUACUAAGAAAUGUGGUGAUGAUGAUGAAGGUGUGCCCGGUGGAUCAUCGCAGACGAGGGAGUACUAUCUAGAUUCUUCUUCCUCGAGGAGGAGGAAGAGUCUUGAUCGAUCUAGUUCGAUUCGGAAGAGUGUUGUUGCUGAGAAUGAUGAAGUUAAGGUUUCACCGGUGGCAAAAGGAUUGGACUUGAGCUCAAACUCUGUGAGAGAUGAUCUGUCUGAGACGUUUGAGUUGAGCAGCGGUCUCAAUCCAAGCGAGGGGAAGGAGGAAAAGAAGUCGAGGAGAUGGGGCUGGAAGAUUUGGGGGUUUAUACAACGACGGAAUGGUGUGAGCAAGGACGAGCAGGAUGAUAGGGCAAAUGGGGUGGAGAGGUCGCUGUCUGAGUCGUGGCAGGGGAGAGAGGGGAAUAGGAGCAUGUUGAGGAGCAAUAGCAGUGUGAGUUGGAGAAAUGGGAGCAACAUUGAGGCUAGUGGUAGGAGAUCGAGUGUGGAGGGGAAGAGGAGGAGUGAGUUCAUGGUGGAGAGGAAUCGGAGUCGUAGUGGUAGAUAUUCGCCUAAAGGCAUUGACAACGGGCUCCUCCAGUUCUACUUGAUGAGGGGCGGGGGGCGAGGAGGGGGGAUGGGGAAGAUCAAGCCGGCAAACUCGCAGCCGAUUGCAACAAGUUUGCUGCACCUCUACUAAGAUGGCUUCUCUGCUAUGUUGCUCUGCAAUUUAGGGUUGGUUGGGAGCAUGUUCAUCUGUGUAAUCACAUCAGUUAUAUUGUUGUUUGCUAUGCUUUAUCAGAUUACUAUGGAGUUGGUUUCUUGCAGUAAUUAGAAUUUCUCUUGUUUUGGGUGUCAUAAUAUGAUCUUGGUUCAAUCUUGGAAGUUUGAUACUACUAUGUUUCAAGGACUCAUUGUAUGUU